UGACGCAGACGACAUUUAACUGCUGUAGAUAUUUUUCCUAAGGCUAGGAAUUAAGAACGAUUUUCCUAGAGUCUAUGCGGAUGAUUUAGAUUUCCAUGGAUUUACUUUCAAGGUCGACUUGUGUCACUAGGUUUAUUUGAAUCUGCUCGGGAACAUGUUUAUUAUUAGACAAAAACCAAUUUGCGCUUCAGGGCGUAUUUUCGCAGUCACGAUGCACUACGCCAAUGUUCCAAUGUAACAAGGCAUCGUCCAUUGAUGAAGAUGUGGAAGGCCUUACUUAUGUUAUUGAAAAAAUGCAACCAAAUUGACCCAUGGCGCUUCUUCCUCAACAACUUUAUCGUCCCUUUGCUACUUCUCACACUGUGGAUUAUCGCAGAAAACCACAACUUUGUAACCGUGAUACCCAAUAUUCGUUUCGAUGCUUUCUCUGUCUCGGAUCCGAGUCAGACACAGCUAUACAGCCCGCGUAUGGGGGCUUUGGCUGUAGAAGUGUUUGCGGUGGAAAACCUUUUCACCAACAAUCACACUCGAAGCCAUGAAGACCAUGGCUUCCCCAUUGAAAAGAUCCAACAGCGUUUGACCCAACAGCUUAAGGAUUUUGGCAUUCGCAAAUCCGUUGGCGGUGGCACCGAUGAUGUGCAAGUGCUCGUCUAUCGCCUUAACUCCACCGCGUACGUAUCCGUCUUCUGUCAACCUGCUCUCGACACCAAUUCUAUCUUCCUCUUCGCCAAUCUGCUACUCUCCAAUGGUCCUUCAUUGCUUCAAAGUCGCGAACUCGACCUUGUUCGGGACGGAUCGGUGUUCGUCAUGACUCAGGUAGCCAUUGUAUUGGCUGACUCUUCUAAUGUCACAAAUCUGCCCGAAGUCAAAAUCAAGAUAGAUGACAUCCAUCAAAGACAAAUACGCAGCUUCUCACGGGACUAUUAUCGGCUGAUUCCGUUCGUAACGAUCGUUCUAGUUGGACUGCGAGUCGUGUGGCUUCUCGCUCGUAUGCAAGAGGAGCUGAAAGAUGGCUCAGUAGUAGCUUUCAUUGCAUACGCGUAUCCGAAUAUAUUAAAUACCUUUGCUUGGUUAGUCACCCUUGUAUUCGAGGUGAUCCUCCUUGAGUUGUGGAUCAUGGGUCCUCUUCUAAUGGCUUCCUGUCUUUCACAAACCCAAAAUGAAUUUUUCGCCGCGAAAAUCAGAAUAGACCUUUUGGCUUUCAUAAUUCUACUUUACUGCGUACAAGAAGCAGUAUUUGUUACAUGGUCCAUUUGCCUGUUUGGUAAACACGCCUCAUUUUUUUACGGUACCAUAACUUCGAUUCGACUUCUUAUUCACAUGCUACAUUUCUAUAAGAAGCCGUUACUUUGUCUUGAUGGUAGUACAAGUAUUUUUGCUUUGCUCUCGGGAUCCUAUGCGCUUGAAAUUGGCAUCAAGUUCGCCACUGAGCUCAAUCUCCCUAUACCGGCAGACACGAUUGACUUCAUGGCGUGUGCCGGAAAAGGUAAACUGGACACUUUAAGCUAUCGAGCUGCAGUGCUUGCUAUAAUUUUCUGGGCUUUGUUCUUCUAUACCGGUACAAUCAUCGUUGCAUAUUUACCCAUUCGUGACGGAAGCUUUCGGCCUGAGGUAGGUACAACUCUUGCCGGGAGAAUUCAUUGUCGUAGGCAAACCCCCAACAUCGACCCCAGCGAUGUGCCACUGAUCCAGACUUUUACCAAGGGCACGAAGCUGUCGUUGACGAUGCUAGGUGUCACGUACGAGAACGCUGAAAAAUAUCGCGUGUUAAACAAUUUUACCCUGGUAAUUCCCCGUGGGCAGAUCGUUUCGCUUGUCGGUGACGUCAGUGAUGUAGGUGACGCUGUGCUGGCUAUUCUAUCAGGUGUAUGUACGAAAUACGAAGGGCUCGUAACUCACUGCGGUCAACUUGCCGACCCCGAUUGUCUUGCCAACAACGUAUCAGUGUGUCCAGUCAAUUUCUUCUUAUUGAAUCAAAUGACUAUUGCCAACAACGUUAAGUUCUUUAUGAGCGCCCGCAAUGUAACGGAUGCUCAACAGGUAUUUUCUGCACUCAUGAAGGAUCUCGAAAUGAAGGCACCAUUGGAAACGACGUUCGAGAUUCUUUCUAACAGUGAUAAGCGUAAAGCGUGCAUUGGUAUAGCGCUUCUUGGCUUAUCGGAUGUCGUCGUGUUAGAGGAACCAACGCGUGACCUCAGCCCAGAAGACGCCAAGAAGCUUGUUGUUUUACUUCAACGUGAGGCUCGAAGACGUUCGGUUUUAUUAAUCACAACUGAUUCGGAAUUUGCUGAAUCCGUGUCCGAGCGCGUGAAUGUUUGUUUCGAUGGCUCAGUUGUCUUCAGCGGAACGGUGACAGCGUUAGUGUCCGUUCUAUUAGACAGUGUUUUGGUUCUGGAUGCAGAAAUGCCAUUUACCAUGGUCUUGCAUCUUCGCCUGCCACCGAGAAAAAACUAUGAGGAACGCCAAGGAAACUCUAACUACAGCAAUUUAAGACUGUUGGAUCUGAUCCAGACGUUUCCUACUGGCGUAAAAACUAUCCACAUUAGCCGACAAAGCAUCGUACUACAAGUGCGCGGAACCGACAAUCAGGUUCAAGAAGUGUAUGACACGUUAUUAGCGCAGCAGGAGGACUUGAACAUCCAAAAGAUCACCAUGGCGGAUCCAUCCCUUCACAAUGCCCUUGAAGCUGCCUCAGAUACGAAGGUAACUUUGGCGCUUCUUGGAGAGCAGAGGCAAAUUCAUCGUAAUAUACGAGAUAAGUGGAACUUUUGCAAGAGAGGACUGCGCGAUUUCGGCGACCGAAUGUCUGUUGAAACAGUGCUUAGCCAAAUUCAAUGCACGGCUUAUUUGUGGACACUUCUGUUUGUUCGGCGGGGUCUGCUUCCAAAUAUAAUGAUACUUCUCUGCAUCUUAUUCUUGCUUGAUUGCCUGUUGUUUCACGCCGGCCAUGAUCUAUUAAUGAUAACACAGAUGCAUAGCUUCCAUAAAAAGUUGUGGGGCGUCUACUGCAACAACGAAUCUUACCUUCGGUCCCAAAACAGAGAUCGGAUCUUGGAACUCUUCCAGGAUAUUAAGGUGCCAAAUGUGUCGUCCGAACCCAAUCAGUUAGGGCAGGUUUGUCUGGAGAUUACGAAAAACAAUACUCAUAUUCUGCAUGCACCUGUGACAAAUGUGCGUGAUCUCGCCGUAUUUCUCGGCCGCCUAUACAAUGCUUACUUCGCGCCGGCCAAUCGGAUCAAUUGGUACUACCAUGAAACUUCACAUAGCAACCUGAUUCGUCUACUAGCGAAUAACCUGAUGGCCCUCUUUUGGAGCUCACAGUUUGGCUACCUGCUCAUUACAACGACGCUUGUAACAAUUGAUAUAUAUUGUUUCGUUUGCUCACACGAUUUUUUCAACAAGGCGCGCCUUCUUCAGGCUGGACUUCGAAAGACCGCCUUUUGGAUCGGAAUCAUUACAUUUGCUAUCAUUAAAAACGGACUUGUGCUACUGUUCUUCGAAUUCAGAAUGGUCACGCUGCAUAUGAAAAUCCUCCUGAACUUAGAAAUGCUACGUAACUUUUCUAUGAAGGUUGGGACCGUAUUUCUGAGCUCUGGGCUAGCUGGCAUUACGUCAGCGUUUAUUUCGACGUUGCCGCUCAGACGGUGGCUGCGGCAUGAUCUAUUGCCGAUGCUGUUGCUGAUCAAUCUCGUCGUCAGCAUUUUACUGUUCCUUGCCGAGAUAUUCCUUUAUGAAAUGGGGUGCGAUGUUACAGUAUUUCUACUCGGAGCAUCAGUAAUUCUACCGGCGUACCAUAUGGUGCUCGUUCUGCGCCGCCUGCAUAUAUCGAUAUUCCUUUCCAAAGCUUGUUUGAAGCCUGAUAUCACCGAGAUCAUUUGCCCAUACUAUCCGGCGUUAGCUAAGCAUUGUUGCGCAAAUACGUGCCCGGCCGGUGAUCAUAGCUGUCUUGCUUGGAGCAUCGACGCAUAUAGCAAUUUACGUGCAGACCUGCCAGGCUUGGAUCGAACAGUAAGUACCGUCAUUCUCGUAGUGCUGCAUAUAAUUUUCUACAGCGUACAAAUCCUGUCUUCACGGUAUGCCUUGCGAAAAACAACCCGCUGCCCUGGGGCUAAUGAUCCCGAGGUAGCAGCCCAGAUGCGCCUUCAGAAGCGACAAUGUCAUGGUGACUAUUUCAGUAUGAUAGAAAAAGAGGACGUAAACCUAAUUAAGCCUCAUUCUUGGAACGGAUUAUUGCUUAGAAAUGUAUGCAUCUACGAGGAGGGCCACUUCGUGCUCAAAGAUAUCAACUUUUCAGCGAAGCCUGGCGAACUGGUUGUUGUUUUAGGAAAGAGCGGUUUUACCCGUACCACCUUGUUUGAAGGCAUUGCUGGAAUUCUGGACUUUGACGAUGGCAGUGAGGUGUAUAUUUCCGGACGCCGUAUUCCUCUCGAAUUUAAGCAUCGUACCCUAAUCGGCGUUGCUCAUAGUACAGAUAGAUUGCCCGACCAAGCGAUCGUUGAAGAUUAUCUUAAUCUGUUCAACACAAUUCGCGAAGUUCCAGGUCCCUGGCAAGGAUACCAUCUCGAACUUGUGAUUCGAGUCUUUGGACUUGAGGAUGUACGAAAAAUGGCUAUUGAGUCGAUAUCGCACAGUAAGCGAAAACUUGUGGCUAUAGCCUCGGCGUUCAUUGGAAUACCUGCGCUAAUAAUUCUAAACGAUCCGCUUGAUUUGGUUGAAGCACAGGACAGGGAGCGUAUCUGCAAUGCCAUUAACUCGUUGAAGUCUAAAGAUUCUAUCAUUUUGGUGUUUUCGUCUUCCCUCGACGAUGCGUUGUCGCUGGAGUUGGAUCGAGCUGCCGUUCUCGCGGCCGGGGAACUCGUUACGAUUCGAACUUUGCCUGAUCUUCUGUCUAUUGACAUAGGAUACCAUAUUAUUGUUCGCCUAAACGCCCCGGUAGUAAAUGAUACAAAAUAUGCGAACAUACUCAGGCAACAAAGAGAUUUUGUCCUCAAAGUUUUGAGCGCCAAAUUUCCAUAUGCAAGGCUUGUCCUGCAAGCUGGUGCAUUGUGUGAGUUUCACAUACGGGGCAAAAAUGUAACGUGUCGAAACAUUAAUGAAGCCAAACGAACCAUUAUAGAAACGCUUACAUCAGCGCAAGAGAUCAAGAUCGGCUACGUGUCGGGAAAACGACGAUUACUUUAUCUCAUUGAUGCGCUUACUAAUAAAAAUCACCAAGCUGAUACUAUCUGACUUUGACGCAACGGCAUCAAUUGGAUACUUUUGUGACGUAUAUAACUGAAAUCGAGCUUGUUUCAUUAUUUGUUUACAUGAUCAUAGUCUAAACUUUUGCAAUUGAGUCGAUUUGUCAAGUGUUUAA